GCCCAUAUAUGAAAUGAAAUUUUUUCAAAACAAUUUUUUUUGGAUAAAAUAAAUGCAUUCGGGGUUUUCAUUUGUUUAACUGAAAUAUGACAACAUGGCGCAAAAGAAUGAUUCAUUCAAGGAGCGCCAGAUUGAAGAAAUGGAAGUGUUGCAAGCGGUGUUUAUGGAUGAUUUCAAAGACCUGAGGAAAAAGGACGCUUGGAAGGUUUACCGUCCUCCGGAGGUAUGCUUAUCUCUGAUACCCCUCCAAAGUACUUAUGGCGGAGAAGUUUAUGCCAAGAUCGAUAUGAUUGUGAGGUGUCCCGAAAAAUAUCCUGAUGUCAUGCCAGAAAUAAAAUUGGAGAAUUCAAAAGGACUUUCAAACCAACAGAUUGCCAGUCUCAAGUCGGAACUAGAGAAUCAAGCCAAAGAAGCAGUAGGAGAAGUCAUGAUUUACGAUUUAGCUCAACAUGUUCAGAACUUUCUCCAUUUGAAUAACAAGCCAGGACCCAAGUCUUUCUUUGAGGAGAUGAUGUCAAAUAAGAAGGAGAAGGAAGAAAAGGAGAUGAGGGAAAAACAGAAAAAAGUUGAUUUUCUCAAGAAGAAAGAACAAAAACAGCUGCAGCAAAUUGAAGAUGAAAUUCACAAGAGAAAAGAAGCUCUGAAGGAGGAAACCAGAAAGAUGAAAGAGGCAAGGAUGAUGGCAGACAUGGAAGAUGACGAUUCAAUAAAUGUAACUUCAAUCAAAAAGGAUUCUGAUCCAAAGAACAGAUCAUCAUCAUCGCCGGCUCUGUCUCCACGACGAGUCAGGAAAGACAGUGAUAGCUUCUCAAAAGGUGACAGAAAAAGACGUACGAGUACCCCGACACGAGAUCGGGAUCGGAGUAAUUCGGUUGAAAUCGGGGACCAUUCCAAGGAACAUAAAGGGACCAGUAUUCUAGCAUUUAAUAUAAAAACGGAGCGAACAAUUCACAGGGGCAAAUGUUUAGGUCAUAGUGCGCGCGGUAGUACAGUGUACGCUGGUAUGGACACCGAGACUGGUGAGCUGGUUUCGAUAGCGGAAUGGGUGUUGCAAUGGCGACAUGUCGGCAGGAAGAUGGGCGUUGAUGACAAAGAGGAGUAUGAAAAGGAAGCAUCAAAAUAUCUCAAACAAGUUAACAACAUAGAACAAGAAUUAUGUUCUCUUCUGAAACUCGACCAGAAGAAUCUCCUUAAUUAUCUCUCAAUGAAGUGGGUGCACGACGGUGGAAGAAUCAUCAUCUAUGUCCUCAAGGAGUUUGCUGGCGGUGGCAAUCUUGAAAUGCAUACGAAGAAGCGUGUUCCUGUGCCGUAUGAGCUUUUGAGGUUCUACACUUUUGAAGUGCUGGAGGGUUUAACAUAUCUACACAAUAAGGCUGUUACACAUAAGGAUCUCAGGACCUCAUGCGUAUUUCUAGAAAAGGAUGGUGCUGUGAAGCUUGCCGAUUACAGCCUCGACAAACGCAUAGCCGAUCUGUACGAGAUGGUAGAAUUAACACGCCCUGGUGUCCAUUUCUCCAACUUGGAAAACAGACCAGCUACCCUUGGAAGAAGUGCUAAAAAGGCAGACGUCUAUCAGCUGGGUGUCAUGUUGUUGUCAUUAGCAUUAGGGCAACCAGUUACGAAUUCCCUGCCGGAGGUUCCGACUUACUUGCCGCCGGAAUUGCAAGACUUUAUAACAAAGUGUCUGAUGAAAGACGAAAAAACCAGAUGGUCAGCAUUUCAGUUGCAGGAGCACGAGUUUGUGAAAACUUCGCUGAGUCAUGCUGCUAUUCAUGCUAGGAAGGUACAAGCUGCUCAAGAUUUCCUCCAAAAAGAAGGUGCUAAGGACCAAGAUGCUGACCAGUCUCAAGAAAUGCCGUUGUUCCUACGGGGUGAUACCAGCGGCCAGUCACGCUUGACUAGCGAGUUUGAGAUACUGGAGUGGCUUGGCAAGGGUGGAUUUGGUGAUGUCAUCAAAGUUCGGAACCAACUUGAUGGACGUUUCUAUGCCAUAAAGAGAAUCUUACUGAAUCCUAAAAGUAAACAGUUCAACCGAAAGAUCACAAGAGAGGUUAAACUGCUGUCAAGGCUGAAUCAUGAAAAUGUGGUCAGGUACUAUAACUCAUGGAUAGAAACCAGCAUGGAGCCCGUCCCUGACGACUCGUGCACCUCCUCCUCCUCCCCAGCCGAUCUCAUCCAGUCCCCACCUCACCCAAAAGCUGCAGCUUCAAUACGGAACAGCCUUGGAUUCCUUGACAACAUCGAGAACUUCGCACCAACUCUAGCAGACGCCUCAGGGGAAUGGAGUAUCUCGGUGGACGUUCCACAGGGUGGUGCAGAAUCAAGUUCAAGUGAUUCUGGUUCAGAUGAUGACGACGACGAGGAUGAUGACCGUGAUUUUGCCGUGUUUGGAAGGGAGUUCUUGAAUUCCGAUAGCGUAUCAGAAUCAGACGAAGGAAUCAUUUUUGAGAGGUCGAAUAAAUCUAGUCAUGCAGAGGAGUGUCGACUAACAGUAGAAAAGCAGCAAGCCAACAAGUCAAGUGAAGAACGCCCAAAAGCCCAGUUCCUUUACAUUCAAAUGGAAUUCUGUGAAAAAUCGACAUUGCGUAAUUGUAUAGAUGCCGGGCUUUACUUAGAUACCAACAGAGUAUGGAGAUUAUUUCGUGAGAUUAUAGAAGGCCUGAUACAUAUCCAUGAGCAGGGGAUGAUUCAUCGCGACUUAAAACCUGUGAAUAUUUUCUUGGAUUCAAACGACCAUGUGAAGAUUGGCGACUUUGGACUGGCGACAACCGAUAUCAUUGCCAAGCAGCAGAAUACAGCCCUGAUGGACGUGACAUUGCCCUCCACCUCUCAGACGGAAGUAACGUCCUCCAAAUCUGGUAGUAUGACAGCAGACGGUGAAACAGCCAUGACUGGCAAGGUCGGUACCGCCCUCUAUGUCAGCCCUGAGGUCAUGAAGUCUGCAACAAUGAAAAUGCACUAUGAUCAGAAAGUGGACAGCUACAGUUUGGGGAUCAUAUUCUUCGAGAUGUGUUACCGUCCACUCUCUACCGGUAUGGAGCGUGUGAAGACACUGAGUAACUUGAGGCAGGCUACCAUAGAAUUGCCAGAUGAUUUUGAUGAAAUUGAAAUGCCAAACCAGGUUGCAGUUAUUAGAUGGAUGUUACAGCACGACCCUGUGAAUCGACCAACGUCUCAAGAGCUGUUACAAUCAGAUUACCUACCCCCACCUCAGAUGGAGGAGGCCGAGUUGAAUGAGGUGCUGCGAUCGACCAUCUCCAACCCGCAGUGUAAAGCUUACAAACGAAUGAUUGGUGCUAUGUUCUCCCAGCCGGUUUCCGCUGCGGAUGAAUUUAUGUUUGACGUCGAUAUUCAUAAGGGGAGCUUCUCAACCCACUCUACCCUCAUCUUUAACUAUGUGUGUGACACCAUGGAAACAAUCUUCAAGAAACACGGUGCUAUCAAAGUCACAACGCCGACCCUGAUGCCAAAGAAUACUCUCUAUGACCAGAAUGAUCAGUAUACAUGCUUCAUGAAUAAGAGUGGCGGGCUGGUGGCACUGCCUUAUGACCUCCGCGCACCAUUCAGUCGUUAUUUAGCCCGAAAUAAUGUCAGCAGCCUGAAACGCUAUUCCAUUGAACGUGUCUACCGGGAAAAGAAGCUGUACGGUCUCCAUCCACGAGAACUGACUGAGGCGGCAGUCGAUAUUGUUACACCCAAUCAGGGAAACCUUGUCCCAGAGGCCGAAGUGCUACAUAUCAUCCACGAAAUCAUCCAUGAAUUCCCACCCCUAAAAGACAGGAAUUACUAUCUCCGCGUAAACCACACCGCCCUGAUGCGAGGUAUACUGAUGCAUUGUGGGAUUGCCGAUGAGCUCCAUAAUGACGUUGUGACCAUCAUCAAUGAGACGAAGACUGCCAAGCAUAAGAAACAGCAGUUGUUCAAUCGCCUGACCAAUGUUGGUGUUGCAGAGCAGAGUAUUGAGUCACUCAUCACCUAUAUUGAAACAGAUGGCUCCUUCGGCAAAGUGGCCAGUAUUUUGAAAUCAAUCACGAAAACGAAAGGCCAGGCUGGUUCCCUGGCAAAGAAAGGCCUGCAUGAGCUCGAGGCAAUUCUGUCAAACGCUGAACACCUCGGAGUGAAGGUCCCCGCCAUCUUGACCCUUGGUCUCGUCUACAACACACACCACUUCUCCGGCGUGGUGUUCCAGGUUGUGAUGGAGGUGCCCAGGAAAAAGGGCAAGCACGUCCUGGAUAUCUUGGCUGCUGGAGGCAGAUAUGAUGGGCUGAUAGCGCGGUUCAGGAUGUCGCGGGACCUUGUGAGUCAGACAGCGGUUGGAGCCAGUAUUGCAGUUGAUAAGAUUGUGGCAGCUUGCAUGGACAUCCGUGAUAAAACUGAGAUGGAGAUUCCAACCAUCAGUGACGUGUUGAUCUGCACUCUCGGGCAUCGGGCAAUGGUAAAGGAACAACUCCACCUGGCAAGUGAUCUGUGGGCCGCUGGUAUCAGCACGCAGGUUCUCUAUGACACAACGAAGAGUCUUGAAGAGAUGCAGGAUAUCUGUCGAGACAAGGGGGUCUCCCAUCUGAUCGUGUUCAAGGAUACCGAGAUCGGUUCUGUCAAGGUGCAGUCGUUUGAUAAGGAGACCAGCCGUACCAUCGAGAAGAAGAUGUCACCGCAGGAGGUUACUGAGGGGCUUCAGCGCAUCUACCAGGCCAAGCUGGAGGAGAGCGUUCCUCAGACAUCUAGAACAUCGUCCAUGUCAUCCCAAGUCCCCUCAGAGGGCCAGACCCAGACAAGUCACACAAGCAGUCACACGGGCCUACCUAACUUCACCAUAACCUUCUUGAUGCCUGACAGUAAACUCGCCACCAGCACCAAGAAGAAAUACGAGUCGCAGAUCUAUGCCAAGGUGACGCCACCCCUGAAGCAGUUGAGUAGUAAGGCUAAGGUGUUUGUGAUCGGUGUGGAACUCCCUGUUGCAGUGCUCAAGACUAUUGCCGCAUGUCUCGACAUUGAUGGUGAUGAAGCAACAUAUGAUAGCAGUAUCAGUGAGAUUGUUGAAAAACAUCAACGUUUCAGAAAGUACUUAACCAAGAUCUUUGACAAAAUCCAUUCUCUCAAGUUUGAAAACACAUCUGGUGGGAACUCAUCUGUCAUCAUUAUCUACGGACUCAAGGAUGAUUGUUAUAAAGUCUUGUUAUAACAUAUCUAAAGUCUUGUUAUAACAGAUCAUCUAAAGUCUUGUUACAACAGAUCAUCUGGAAAAUCGUCUGUCAUCAUUUUGUAUGGUCUUAUCACUUUGACGUAAUAUUUUCUGUGUGUUUCCAAGUCAAUUAGUCUCCUUACACUUGUUAUAUCUUUCACUCUACAGCUGCAGAAUUAAUCUGUUUUAACGGAACAGACUGUAUUUACCUGUAAAAGGUAAAGAAACAAUAUUGUUCCAUCAAUUUAUUUAUUAUUUAGUUUAUAAUCACCAGUCAUUUUAUUGUUGGUGCCAGAGUGGUCCAUGUGCUGUCAGUGUAGAUUAAUGUUAAGUUGUGCAAUUAUUUCGAUUUUCUGUUAAUAAUGUAUUUGAAAACAAUUCAAUUUCAUGAUAAUAAAUGAAUUCCAAUUGCAAUCCAUUUGCAAAAUCAAGAAAAUAUCCUGCGCCCGAAAUUGUUCUGGUUUUCAGUAUGCUCCUCAAGUGAGAGACCAUUAAAUGCAGUGUGAUUGAGAAGUUGGCAACUGUUGUUAGCAGAUUUAUUUUUGCUCCAAAAAUUGUGUCAGUGUUUAUGAAUUUGCAAAUAAAAAUAUACUUAUAAAGAA